CGAGCUUGGUCAGCGGAAGCCCCUCCCCCUCUGCAGUGACUAGCUGUCCUAAAAGUCCCAGUCUGUUCUCAGGACCUGUCUUCAUCAAGAACACCUCUACUAAUUCAAGUCAUUCAAUUCAUUCUAACAUCUCUACCAUCUCUACCACCUCGACCGUCGCAACAUGGGGAAUGAAGCCAGCUACGCUUUGGACAUGUGCUCGCACUUCGACGCUGACGAGAUUAAGAGGCUCGGAAAGAGAUUUAAGAAACUGGAUCUGGACAACUCGGGCUCGCUGAGCGUGGAGGAGUUCAUGUCGCUGCCCGAACUGCAGCAGAAUCCACUGGUCCAACGUGUCAUCGAUAUCUUUGACACAGACGGGAACGGCGAGGUGGACUUUAAAGAGUUCAUCGAAGGCGUCUCUCAGUUCAGCGUCAAAGGCGACAAGGAACAAAAGUUACGAUUCGCCUUCAGGAUCUACGACAUGGACAAAGAUGGCUACAUCUCCAACGGCGAGCUCUUCCAGGUGCUGAAGAUGAUGGUGGGCAACAACCUGAAGGACACACAGCUGCAGCAGAUCGUGGACAAAACCAUCAUCAACGCCGACAAAGACGGCGAUGGCAGAAUAUCCUUCGAGGAGUUCUGCGCGGUGGUGGGUGGAUUAGACAUUCACAAAAAGAUGGUGGUGGACGUGUGACGGCCUUCCCCCGCCGCCGUUUACCCAGGAUCUGCUUGAAGACGUCGUCCAGUGAAGAGCCCCUCCCCUGACUCCGCCCCCUCACAAAGCCAAACUUUUACAGCCAACAGGAAGUCGGAAGGCUUUUCACCAACCGAGCCAGCGACUGCGUUUGGUGGCGUGUGUGUGUUUUGUAUUUAUUUGGAGGUGUAGAGGUCUGCGUGCCAACAGGAAGUGUGUGUGAUGCUCUGCUUGCGUUUGUGCGAUUGAAUCCUAAUCAACACUUUAACUAGCAUGACACAACUUUUGUGUUCCUAUUAGUCGCACGUCGUCUACAGCUCACCUCUGCUGUGUGUGUGUGUGUGCGUGCGUGUGUUGGAGCAGAUGGCGUGCACGUGGGCGCAGGAUGACGGCAAGUUUUAGUUGUGUACAAACGGUGUUUUUUUUUCUCCUGCUGCUGAGGUUUUCUACUUGUGGCGUUUUUCAGAGCAACUCUUUAUCUUCUUCUUUUUCUGGGUGUGUGCACGUGCACGCCGUGCAGCUGAACUGCUCUGCCUACUGCUCGCAUGUCAAUCAGGUUUGCAACCUUCUAGAUGUUUCAGGUUUACAAGCUCGGGCCGCUUCAUAAACCUCACUUUUGUUUCUUCUUCUUCUUCUUUGAACUAACGGACACGUGUCGCCUCUGUCACGCACAGGAAGUCAUGACUAUGUGAUGUCAUCAAGCGAGAAGAACCGCUGCCUCUGAUUGGGCAAAGUGAAACAGGGAUUUCAUAAUAAGUCUUACUUUGGAUUCACGUUAACCGCUCGGUCGGCGGUCACGUGACAGAGCGGCACACGUUCCUCCUGUGAAAUAAGCUCGCUGCACGUUGGCAUGAUGUUUGCAUGUGUUUUUUUUGCACGCGUGUGUGGUUUAUGCAUCGGGCCCUGGUCUCACGUGAUUGUAUGACAUGAGCCAAGAGGCGUGUGUCUUGCCACGUCACCACGGCAACAACAGUACCCAACGAGCGAGGCCGUUGGCUCAUUUCACGCAAUGCUGUGGGACUGUUGUGUUUACAUGUGAAUAAUAUUAAAGAUAGUGAUGAAUAUGAACAUUUCAAAACACACCGUGUUGCCAAUGAAAGGUUAAAUGUAGAAACACGUGCGCGCUCUCGUCCUCUUUGGCUUGAUGGCUCUUUUUGUACGUUUGUUAGGAAGUCUUGUAACUCUGGAGGCCGCAUGGAGUCACUCGUUAGAUUUUUACUGCCUCACUUCAUGGAACAAUAAAGUUGUUAAAAUGUC